AAUUUCCUCCGAGGCUUGUGAUAUUCCAGAAACCUGCAGACAUGAAUAACUUGGCUAUCUCCCUCACCGUUCUCUUCUGCCUGAUCUGUGCUUCGCUAUGCGUUCUAGUCGCUUCCGAAAAGUCCGAGACAAAUGGCAAAAUGUUCCAGCAACCCCACAGAGCUAAUGGCGCAAAACGGAAUGUUCGCUUCAUCUACGGAUUCGACCCCAAAGCGAUCCAGCUGGCUCGCUUCAGAGCAGACCCCAUAUUCGAAGAAGAUGAUUCCUUUGAGCGACUGAAGGGACUCGAAAGGACAGCUGAGUACAGGUUGCAGGACAAAAGAGCCGGCGAGGAUCAAUUCGACGACUACGGUCACAUGCGGUUUGGGAGAAGCUUCAGUGGAAGUUCUGUGUAAUUGACUUUGGUACGAUGAUGAGACGUGCUCGAUGGGUAAAACUGAACUUAUGCUGAUAAUCCAAUUAAUAAAAUCAAAUUUUAUUGUAAAGUUUCUGUGUUUUGUGAUAAGUACCCUUAUGUGACAGUAACUUAUUAAAAGAUGCAAUG